UUGCGCUGGGAUUGGCUGACCCGAGCCGCGCGUGCGAGCAGCAGGGUGGGCUGCGCAGGAGGCCGGGGCCGGGGGGCGGGAAUGGACGCGGAGGCAGCGGCGGAGCGCUGACACAGGGUGUCCGCUCGGAGGAUGGUCCCCGCCGUGGGGCUGCCGCCGUUCAGCCCGCCCAGCCCCCCUGUGAGUGCCGAGCGCUGCCGCGGGGGUGGGCCCGCUGCCUGCGCUCGGAGCGGAGUCCGGCUUUCUUCUCCGAAACCAUGCCAGAGAUGACAGAGAAUGAGACACCUACUAAGAAGCAGCAUCGAAAGAAAAACCGGGAGACACAUAAUGCAGUGGAGAGGCACCGAAAGAAGAAGAUUAACGCUGGGAUAAACAGAAUUGGAGAACUCAUCCCCUGCUCUCCAGCACUGAAGCAGAGCAAGAACAUGAUCCUGGACCAGGCCUUUAAGUACAUAACAGAAAUGAAAAGGCAGAAUGAUGAGCUUCUGUUAAAUGGAGGGAAUAAUGAACAGGCUGAAGAAAUCAAGAAGCUGCGGAAGCAGCUGGAUGAGCUGCAGAAGGAGAACGGGAGGUACAUCGAGCUGCUGAAAGCAAACGAUAUUUGCCUGUAUGAUGACCCAACAAUCCACUGGAAAGGGAAUCUCAAGAAUGCAAAGGUCUCUGUUGUUAUUCCUGGUGAUCAGGUUCAGAAGAACAUCAUUGUCUAUUCAAACGGGAGCCAACCCAAUGGAAAUAACCAGGGAGCAACUGUCCAGGGAAUAACCUUUAACGUUGGUCAUAAUUUACAGAAGCAAACAGCCAAUGUUGUGCCAGUGCAGAGAACUUGCAACCUAGUGACUCCUGUGACAGUCUCUGGGAUUUACCCCACAGAAAACAAGCCGUGGUCACAAAACACAGUUCCUCCACUGGCAAGGAAUGUUCUUGAGCUUUCCACCCCAGAGAAUGAGUGCGGCAUGUCCACUGCUGCUAUUGCCAGCUCACAGAGCACAUCUCAAUCCAGAACAGAACAGGAACUACAGUUUUCUUCAACUAAUGCACCACAGAAUAAGCAAAAUCUCCCCAAGAGUAAAAAUGAAGAGGAGGGCACUAAACUAACAAAGAAAACACUCCUGCCAGCAAUCAGCCUUCCUUCCAACACCUCCACAGAAGCCUCCCAAGUUCAACAGGUAAAUACAACUUGUACAAACAGACACAAUUCUAGGAGUGACCUUCAGGAAAGCUGUGUCGUUUCAACCACAGACACAGCUUGUGUGCCAUGUGCAAGAGUGUCUGUUGCAGAUAGUUUUUCCUCUGUAAAUGUCCUCAGAAGUGCAGACUUGGUAAGCAGUGCUGGGACGCUCGUGACUGGUGCAGCAGAAGGCAUCAAGGCUGCGACGGCAACAAGCACUCUGCCUGCCAGUCCCUUGGAGAACUGCUGGUCUUUUUCAGGCUCUUCAGGGGUUGGCACUUCAGACUUGAAAAACAUGAGUAGCCUUACACGGAUGCCUUCAGCUGGAAAUACACAGACCACAUGGACAACUUUGCAGCUAGCAGGAAAUACUGUUCAGCCCCUAAGCCAAACACCAUCCAGUAUAAUGACUGCACUAUUAGAGCCAGUUAAUGGCACUGGUACUGUGUCUGCUGCUCACAGCAGGCCUUUGACUACGAGCAUCAGUUUGAAUACUUCUCUGCCUGGGGAUGGUCAGGCAGCUGAACAAAUUGUAGUUACGUUGCCCUCUUGCCCACCCUUACCUAUGCAGCCGUUGAUCAGCCAGGCACAGGUUAAAACUCAGGCUGCAGGAAGUAUCCUUCCAUUGAAUUCAGCUAUGCAGGUGAUUCACAUGGCUCAGCCAGUGGCGUCAGCUGUUACAGGAGCACCACCUAACCAGAACGUCAUCAUUCUUCAGCCUCCAACCCCGGCUCCGUGCCCUCCGAUUGUGAGAGCAGAAGUUCCCAGCCAAAAUGUUAGUCAGCAGAUCGUAAUUAUACAAGCUGCUAAUCAGCCACCUCUUCCCCUCCUCUCCGCUCAGCCUUCUGCUGCUGCUCUAAGAGUCCCUGUGAAUGGGCCGACUGCAGUCGCCAACUCGAGCAGCUCUGCCCAGAACGCUGCUCUUCCACAGACUUUUGGAGGGAAACACCUUGUCCAUAUAUUACCAAGACCAUCCUCUUUGCCAUCUUCUAGCUCUACCCAAACGUUUUCAGUGACAAUGUCAAAUCAACAGCAUCCUCAAACUAUCUCAUUAAAUGGGCAGCUUUUUGCAUUGCAGCCUGUGAUAUCUUCAUCUGGAGCUUCAAAUCAAGCCCCUAUGCAAAUUAUUCAACCUACCACCAGCGAAGAUCCAAAUACCAAUGUUGCCCUCAAUACAUUCGGUGCUUUAGCUAACCUCAAUCAAAGCAUCUCACAAAUGGCUGGACAGAGCUGCUUACACUUGUCUCUCAGCCACCCUACCAAUCCCACAACUGUCAGUAACCCCAGUGCCACAGUCAACUGUGUGUCGUUGCCAACCUCUGUGGCAUCUUCAGUACCAGCAGAGGUUUCAGUAUUAACUAGCACAUCGAAUUCCAUAAAUGCUUCCCCCAAAAAAGCAGUUCCUGGCUUGCCCUCCACUGCAAAAGCAAAAAGGCCUAACAAAAAGCUGAGUACAAAGAAACACCAAGCAGUCAGCAGUAAAGUGUCCUGCCCAGUGGUUGCUUGCAAAGAUGCUGAGAGAGUGGACUGCACUCCUGUGGAAACAGCAGCAAAGCAUUCAAACAGUGAGAGGCUGCUUGAAAGCACUCCAGCAGUGUCACAAGCUUUGGUGGCAUCACAGGCAAGCAGCGUGGCAGCAUCAAGUGGGGUUGGCAUUUCUGGCUGUCAUUCUGAAGAGACUGUGAGCCCUGAAGAGCCAGCCAAAACCCACUCUGCCCCUGAGCCCAGCUCGGCAGAGGUACCUGCUUCCUUGCCACUGGAGCAGGUCGUGUCAGAGCAGCUGACCCUUGUCCUGCCGAGUGCCAAAGGUACUGUUCCUCUCCAGCAGCCUCAUGGGCCUCAGAGCCAGCCACCAACCAGCUCUGCCCUGUCAGAGUCUCCUAAGCCCUCUGAUCCCCCCAGCACCUUAACAUCCUCUUGUACAGAAGCACAUUCUCAGGUUGCUGGGACAUCAGCAGCACAGAGCAGUGCAGCAGGUCCUAAUUCCAAAGCAGGAACAGUUGCAGAGUCCUGCAACAUUGCACAGGAUUCCUCAGUGGUAAUGCAAGAUACAGACUUGUUAGAAGGACAGGGUCUAACUAAAAUGCUGUCUGAUCUCACAAAAGAAAGAGCAACUGUGGGAAAAAACUCUUCUUCUUUUACUGCACAGAGAGAGCAUUCUAAUUUUCCUGUGGAAAACUCUAAAUCAGCAGAAUCGAACGUUGAUUUGCCUGAGAAGCAGGAACUCUUGCUGAUGAACAGCGAAGGUGAUAGUCUCUCCCAGCAUCACCCCUGCAUUUCUGAUCAGGAAGUGGUUAGUGCUUCCCUUAUGGCUAGCAGGCAGGCAGACUCCCCAAUGUCAACUAGUUCUGGCAGCAGUCGAAGCUUCUCGGUUGCAUCCAUGUUGCCAGAUACAACCAGAGAAGAUGUUACUAGCAGCACCUCAACCAGCACAUGUAGCAACUGCACAUUCUCAGAACAGACUGACAUUGUAGCUCUUGCAGCAAGAGCUAUUUUUGAUCAGGAAAACCUUGAGAAAGGUGGAGGAGGAAUGCAGGUGAGCGUGCGGGAUGCCAUCUCUAAGUCAGCUGAGGUCACACCAUUGGAGAGAGAACAACAGCCUUUUAAACCUCAACCAGUGAAAGAAAGCAAUGCAGGGCCAUUGGAAGCAGCAACAAACAAAUUCAGUGCCCAGGAUGCAGUACAGACAAAUGUUGACAGACAGGUUGAAAAGCCAAGCUGCUCCAUAGGUGGUGUGGAAACACCAAACACUUCUUUGCAGAUCUCUGCUUCCCAGUCACCCAGCAUAACCAGUUUAAGUGUGAAUAAUCUAAUACACCAGAGUCGCAUUGUCCAUCCCCUUGUGAGCUGCUCGAGUUUAGCCCAGUCCUCAGAGCCAGCAAAUGUCCCUGCAACUGUGAGCCUCUCCCUUCCAUCUAGCACAUACAUCAAUCAGUCUCCAGCACCUGCUAUGAUGAGUGACUAUGCUCAGGAACAACUGAAUGCUAUCAGGGCAAGCACCAUGCAGGCUCCUCAGUUGCAGGAAUCACACCUAAAACAGCAGAGCCACGAAGGUCGCAAAGACUCUGCCAAGCGGGCUGUUCAAGAUGAUCUUCUGCUCUCUACAGCCAAGAGGCAAAAGCAGUGCCAGACAACACCCAUAAGGCUUGAAGGGAUGGCACUGAUGAACCGAACACCAGAGAGUAUUGCCGAGCAAACACAAAUGCUAGUCAGCCAGAUUCCUCCUAAUUCGUCCAAUUCAGUUGCAUCCAUAAGCAAUCAAGGGCACACCGAUGGCCUUAACAGGUUGUUCCCACCCAACAGCAACUUUGUGCCACCAGCCUUGAGACAAACUGAGGUUCAGUGCAGUUCUCAGCCAUCCAUUUCAGAGCAGCAAGGCCAGGCAGGGCAGCACUUGCAGCCAAUUCAACAUGUUCCUUCUCAAGGCAUAUCUCACCUCCACAGCAAUCAUCCAUAUUUAAAGCAGCAGCAGGCUGGUCAGUUAAGAGAAAGGCACCAUUUGUAUCAGCUGCAGCACCACAUCACCCAUGGGGAAAACUCAGUCCACUCUCAACCUCACAGUGUCCACCAACAGCGAACCAUACAGCAGGAGGUGCAGAUGCAAAAGAAACGAAAUCUCAUCCAGGGAACACAAGCCACACAACUUUCUCUACAGCAAAAACACCACGGAAGUGAGCAAACACGGCAAAAAGGUGGUCAGCCUCAUCCUCACCACCAGCAAAUGCAGCAACAGAUGCAGCAGCAUUUUGGAGCUUCCCAGUCUGAAAAGAGCUGUGAAAAUCCUGCAACCAGCAGAAAUCAUCAUAACCACCCUCAGAGCCAUAUAAAUCAGGAUAUUAUGCACCAACAGCCACAAGAGGUUAGCAGCAGACAGCAAAGUUCAGCUUCUGAGCAUGUGUCUGGGCACAAUCAAAUGCAAAGACUUAUGACCUCCAGAGGCUUAGAGCAGCAAAUGGUGUCCCAGGCAAGUAUUGUAACCAGACCAUCAGACAUGACAUGCACCCCUCACAGGCAGGAAAGAAACAGAGUCUCUAGCUACUCUGCUGAGGCACUCAUUGGGAAGACGCCCUCUAAUUCAGAGCAGAGGAUAGGAAUAUCUCUCCAAGGCCCUAGGAUUUCUGACCAGCUUGAAAUGAGAAGCUAUCUUGAUGUUUCUAGAAACAAAGGGUUGGUGAUUCAUAAUAUGCAGGGUCGCUUAUCUGUUGACCAUACAGUUGGCUCAGAUGUGCAGCGUCUCUCUGACUGUCAGACGUUUAAAGCAGCUGGGCCCAAUCAGCAGCCAACAGGCAAUUUUGAUGUACAGGCUUCAAGAAACAGCGAGAUUGGUAAUUCUGUGUCAUCUCUCAGGGGCAUGCAGUCACAAGCGUUUCGGAUCAGUCAAAACACUGGGCCAUCCAUAGAGAGACAGAAGAGAUUGCCCUACCAGCCAGUGCAAGGUAUCCCAGCAGGAAACCCCCUGCCGCCAAGGGAAAAUGAAAAUACAUGCCACCAAAGUUUCAUGCAGAGUUUACUGGCCCCUCACCUUGGAGAUCAAGUUAGUGGAAGCCAAAGAUCAAUCCCAGAACAUCAAAGGAACACACAGUGCGGUGCCUCCUCCACAAUCGAGUACAGCUGUCCCCCAGCACGAGAAGGUGUCCACGUCCGAAGAGAUGGCGACGGCCAGGGCAGGGAGAGCUGUGACCUGUCUAUUGGUGCCAUUAACACAAGGAACAGUUCUCUGACUAUUCCGUUUUCAAGUUCAUCCUCCUCAGGAGAUAUUCAGGGUCGCAAUACAAGCCCGAACAUCUCUGUGCAGAAGUCCAAUCCCAUGAGGAUGACAGACAGUCAUGGAACCAAGAGCCACAUGAAUCCACCUGUUUCUAGCAACAUGCAUGGAGUGGUGAGGCCGAGUCACCCUCAUCCUGCAGUUUCUCAUGGAAACGGUGAGCAAGGGCAACCCUCUGUUCGUCAGCCGAAUUCCUCAGUUACUCAGCGGUCGAGGCAUCCUCUGCCAGAUAACGGAGGUUCUAAAAUACGCCAGCCUGAAAGGAAUCGAUCUGGAAACCAAAGGCACGGAAACGUCUUUGACCCUAGUCUUCCCCAUCUCCCCCUCUCCACCAGCAGCAGCAUGAUCCUCGGACGCCAGCAGUCUGCCAUAGAAAAAAGAGGAAGCAUCGUCCGGUUUAUGGCUGAUGGCCCCCAAGUGUCCAACGACAACGCGGCCCCUGACCAACAUACUCUCUCCCAGAAUUUUGGAUUCCCUUUCAUCCCAGAGGGUGGCAUGAAUCCACCGAUAAAUGCCAAUGCCUCUUUCAUCCCACCAGUCACUCAGCCCAGUGCCACUCGUACACCAGCUCUAAUCCCUGUGGAUCCUCAGAAUACGCUGCCAUCCUUCUACCCACCUUACUCUCCUGCACACCCCACCCUUUCCAACGACAUUUCUAUCCCUUACUUUCCAAAUCAAAUGUUUCCUAACCCAAGCACAGAGAAGCCAAGCAGCGGAAGCCUAAACAAUCGAUUUGGAUCCAUUCUGUCUCCUCCCAGGCCCGUUGGUUUCGCUCAGCCAAGUUUUCCCUUGCUUCCAGACAUGCCACCAAUGCACAUGACCAACACGUCGCAUUUAUCCAAUUUUAACUUGACAUCUUUGUUCCCAGAAAUAGCCACAGCUCUUCCUCCAGAUGGUUCAGCAAUGUCGCCUUUGCUUUCCAUUGCAAACACCUCUGCUUCAGAUUCUUCCAAGCAGUCCUCAAACCGACCUGCCCACAAUAUAAGCCAUAUUCUAGGUCACGACUGCAGCUCAGCUGUGUGAAAACUCCUAGACUGACUUCGAGUCCAGUGCGUCGUUUAUGUACUUGAAGAAAGUGGAUCUUGCUCACAUUCCUGAAGAGACCACCCAUAGCAUCACUGUUUAUUUGCCUAAAUGUAUGUAUAAAGGUACUUCUGGUAUUUAUAUACACGCUCUAUUUCCAUCCACCUUACUAACUUUAAAGCACCAGUGCCUAUAGCAAUGCUUACUUACUACUAAAUGGUAAGGACGCAAACUUGAGAGCUGUGCAAAUAUUGGUUGUUGAUUUUCCAAUGAUCAAGUUUGAUGUCCCUGUUGUUCCAGGGUCAGGACCACCCUCAGUAAUGCCUGGGUGUAAAGAAAGGAGGGAGAGCGUCCACGUGGGAGGCAGGAGACAAAGGCUGCAGGUUUUGUUUCCUUUCUGAUGCGUUUAGCUGAACCUGCACGCAAACUUGAAGUGGCUUGGGUUCUCUUUCUGCUUUGUGAGAUACCUUCGGGAGCCUCAGCACAAAUCAAGUGUUAGCCCAGUGCUAACUGAUACUGCAUUCCUUCUGCAGCUUUCAUCUGCUUGAAGCUUGCCACGAGCAUUUGACAGGAGGCUGACUUUACCUGGCAGAGAUUACUAUGUGUUUCCGUGGUCAGCAAUUAAAAGUACCACUUUAGAAAACUUAA